AUGUGCUCAAGUCAUGGCACAUCGUCUCCAGCCGACGGGAAUGGAGCUGCGCAAACGAAGCCCUCAUCAUCCGCUCUUCAGGGAUUUUUAGGCAAUGUCAUGGAGAUCUGUAUCGUCACACGCGACCACAAACGCACAAUCUCAGGUCUUCUCAAGCUAGGAAUCGGUCCAUGGAAAGCCUACACAUUCACACCGCAGAACACUACGCAUCAGACCUAUCGUGGCAAGCCAGCAGAUUUUACACUGAAGGUCUGCUUUGCUCAGGCAGGAAACGUGGUCUAUGAGCUCAUCCAGCCCAUAGAGGGACCUACGAUCUUUGAGGAGUUUUUACAGAAGCACGGCGAAGGGAUACACCAUAUCGCCUAUGAUUGCAAUGGGAUCCCUUGGGAAGAUAGGAUGGCUGGGUUCAAGGAAAGGGGGUUUGCCCUCGCCCAGUCUGGAAGUUGGCAAGGCAAGAACCACUUUGCCUUCUUCGAGACCGAGGAUGCAACGACGACUUGUUUCGAGACGUACUACUUUCCUGACGACUGGGUCGAUCCAGUGGCGGACGAAGUUUAUGGUUUUGAGACAUAA